AUGGCACAUUCUAAACUUGUUUCAUUUCCGACGAAGCGAUGUUUGAAACAUCCUGGUGAAAUCAUUAACAUCUAUUGUGGAGACCAUGAUGUCGUCUGCAUUAGCUCGUGCAAGGUUCUCGAGCACAGCAACUGUUCUAAAACCAAGCAUUUGAUAGACGCGGCUAAAGGUGUACAAAAAAGUAAAGAGUACCAAACUAUCAAACAAGACGAUGCCGUUAGAGUUCUUGCAGACCGGAAAGCUGAUAUUUCUCGUAUCGAGAAUGAAAGAAAAGAUGUCAAGAAAAUUAUUGCUGAUUUUAGAAAGAAAGUAAAUAAGUACUUUGAUGACCUUGAGCAAAAAACUCUCGAUGCUUUACAUAAAAAAGCGGAAAUUAUCGUGAGCAGUUGCAAACAAAAUACAGAAGAUCUUACCGUCAUGAAAUCAACAACUGAGGACAUGCUGAAGCAGCUAGAGUCAUUCAAGGGAGAUAAUGAGUGCGAUCUCUUUGUACAAGUCAAAACCGACAAGAAAUUCUUAAGUAAUGCUAUGCAAGAAGUUCUUAAUAUCUCGAAGAAGGUACGGAAAGAUGCUAUUAACUUUAGAAUCGACCCGAAAAUCGAGCCAUACGUUAGUUCACUUGAAGGUCUGGGCACCUUUACAGAUAUCCCUGUAAACGUUGGUCAACUUUCACUAGCAACCACAGACAGACAUGUAAGCCAGUCACGUGCAUCGGCGUCAUCCCCGCAGACGUUUCCGGAUAAUCGUGAUCCGCUUCCUAUAUUCAAAACACAGCUGUAUGGUAAAUUUGAUGUAAAGGAGAAAUCUGAUUCUAAUGUGUGUACAAUAACAGGCAUCUGCCAGUUACCAGACGGAAAUAUCCUUAUUGCUGAUUGUGACAACGAGAAGCUGAAGAGACUAGAUCAGUCAUAUAAACUUCCCGAUUCUCUACGACUGCCCGGUGGUCCAUAUAGUAUAUGUAACGUUGGUUCUGAUGAGAUUGCUGUGUAUCUGCCUGGUGCUAAGAAAGUUCACUACAUAUCUGUAAGAAAGGAACUGACAUUGACGAGAUCAUUCAGUACAGUUAACUACUGUAGAGGAAUGGUUUAUGUUGAUAAUAAACUGUAUGUUUGUCGUGGUGAUUUGUGUGAUUCAGCUUCCUAUUGUAUAAAAGUGUAUAACAACGCUGGUCGGCUACAGCAUUCUAUAAGUGGAUUAUCUUCCGUGCCAGCAUACAUCACAGUCACAGAUGAUGGUCAGCAUCUUCUUGUUACCAGCUUGAACAGUGAUAACAUUACUAUGAUGGAUCUGACUGGUAAUGUAGUCAACACGUUCAGCAACAGGGACUUGAAAGAACCUUACGGCAAAUGUACUGAUUGUAAAGGUCUGGUGUUUAUCUGUGGGUGGAAAAGUAUCACAGUUGUUCAGUUGGAACCCAAGCAGCAGAAGAUAGACGUGAUUCUGGGAGAGAAAGAUGGUAUCAAGAAUCCUUGGGCUAUUUACUAUGACAGAAAGCAGUCGAGAGUAUUGAUCUCCUGUUAUCAAUCAAAUCAACUUAUGCCGACAAAAAGGAGAACAAAAAGUGCUAGAGGAAGGGGCAGAACAAUGCCCGCCCUACCUUUAGAAGUCCAGUCUGCACCAGACCCUGCAACAACUGAAGAGGUCGCAACAACACCAGCUCCAUCUAUAGAAGGAAUCUCUUCAUUAUCAUCCCUCCCGUCUUCAGAUUUGGGUAGCGAGAGAAGGAAAUCCAGGGACUCCCCAGAAAUAAACGGAAGGCCAAAGAACAUGCCAAUCUUACCGAGGAGCAGGAGGAUGACAAGUUCGAAUGGCUUAAAUUAA